UGGUAUUUCUCAGACCUUGUGGAACUGUCGUGCGGAACGGUUUAGCUUGUUUCAUAAGCGUUUAAGCAGACGUUAACGUGCGUGUGCGGCUCGUUGGCUGGUGAUUUCAUUUGUGUAUAUUUAUAGUCAAAAGAUAAAAUAUUUAUGUGAAUGCAGGCAUAGUAUAACACAUACAGUUAGACGUAUAUACGAAAAGAUAUACAAAAAUGAAUGUCAAAGAAUUAAGCAAAUUUAAUUCUCGUAGACGAACAACAAAGGAAUCAAUUAGCCUAAAUUAGAGCGAGAAAACAAUUUACAAAUAGCGAGCGGAAAUUGAAGUUACUAGUGCAAGAAGAUUUCCAAGGGGGAAAGAAAAAGAAAAAAUAAUAGUAAAUUCAAGAAAAGUGUGUGUGUUUUUGUUGAAGCCGUGAAAGCAAACUUAACCAAACCAAGAAAAAGCGCAGAAUCAAAUCUUUUGCGAGGUGUUGGCUUUGUGGCGACUGCUUAAGCUGUGUUGUUAUUGUUGUUACUGUGCAUAAUUGUGGAAAAUAAUUAAGAAAUAGCUGCAGCUCAAAGCAAAGUGAAAAGAAAAUGUUUGUGAAAAAUUUUUAACUAAUAAAGAUUAUGGCCAGCAAUUUUUACAGCUGCAAAAUUAAAUAAAAAGAUAAAAUUUAAGUAAAAUUGUUUUGAAAAAAUCGUGAAAAAAUCACACGAGCUCAUUUUUAGUGCCGGGUUUAAAAGUGAGCGUGUUUUAAGCAACAGUAAAUAACAAAAAAAGUGCAGUGCCUAGGCCAACUUGUGGUAAUUACGCUAAAAAUAAAAACAAACACAAAAUUUGAUGAUGAAAUAAAAAAUAUAAUUAAAAAUAAAAAAAUGUAUUAAAUUAUUUUUUUAAGUGUUCACCGCAGACCUGCUCGUGGCAGUAACUCAAACCAAUUUAGAUGAACUUCACCAAAAAUUAAAUUUUGCACACAAGCAAAUUGCAAUAUUGUGAAAUCCAAAAGAGUUAAACACACUCUAAAGCGAACAUAUUGCAUAAGUAUAUCAAAAUUUUCAAAAUUAUAACCAAAUUCCGUUCAAAGCAACACCUAAAUAUUACCGAAAUGCCUCAACUGCACAGCAAAGCCCUCCGCGCCUGCGCGCCCGCCGUGACAACUCCGCCCACCACCACAUCCGCCAGCGACAGCAGCGCGGUAGCAAACACAAAAACGUGCCCAAAUUUGCCAUUAACUGCCACAAUAUGCUGCAAAGCGUUUCUUUUGUUAUUGUUAACACUCGGUUGCCUUCUCUCUGCCGUCACCUGUGUACCUGCGCCAGCCACUGCACUAGCUGCUGAGCCGGCGCCAGCAUUGCACACCUCACCACCCACUCCGUCACUCAAUGCUGUGGUCGAUGCAGAGGCUUUCUUAGCGUCAAAGCGGCACUUGAAGCGUUCACUCGCUGUGACGUCUCAAGAAACUGCUGAUAAGAAUAACGCUGCAGCGGCCAACUCAGAUCUAGACGAUGACUACUAUGACGAGGAGGAGGCUGAUGCCGGAAAUGGUAGCGAAAAUGUGAGUGGUCGUCAGCGGCGUCAUCACGAAUUAUCGCCAACCGCUCGCUUCGGUUAUGAUGGCAACAAAAUUAAACCACAACACUUCUACACACAACAAAUGGUUGCGAACGCUUUGGAAGGCAACACUAACACUGGAACGCAGCUUGCGCGCCCCAAUAAGGAACCAUCGCCGAUGGCCGCACAAGUGAAUAACGACUUAUCGAUAUGGAGUUUGAUGGAUAAUGCGCGACGCAUGGAUAUCUGUGAUGUAUGUAGCUGCGUUCGUGACAUCUAUGUGCAUGUCACUUGUGACUAUAAUAACCGAAAAUCGAGGACACCGCUGAAUGAGAUUUUCGGUCCGAUUUAUCGCAUACCAAAUAACACGAAAUCAAUUGAAAUUAAAUUAGCACCAAAUACACAUUUCCGCUUGGAAAAGGAUCUAUUUGACAAUAAUAUAGUCUUGAACAGUUUCACAAUUGUCGGUACUCAUAGUAGCGGUGAACAAGUGGAGAUCACAACAGGCGCUUUCCCUGGUAAUGCCAGCAUUAUGGGGCCAUAUCCAGAUAUUGUGAUGCAAAAUGUCUUUUCGGUGGUCGUGCGAGAGGGCGCUUUUUCAGGCAGUAAAAAAUUCACAGUGCGCAACAGUAACGAUUUAAUUUUGUAUUCAAAUGCUUUCAAGAAAGCCGAAAUUAAUGGCAAAUUUUUUGGGAUAGCUGAUUUGCGUAUCGAGGAGAAGGCGUUCAACUCAGCCGAUGCGAAGUUAUACAUCGAGAAUUCUCAUAUCGACAAUAUCUAUCGUUUCGAAGCCUCAAUGCGUGAGAUCAAAUUCAACAAUUGCACCAUUAACACCAUCAAUAGUGGCUCUUUCGAUGUCAACAGCAUCUUCAAUAUUAUAUUCGAAAAUAGCGCCAUUGGCAUAAUCAAAUCACGCUCGAUUACGGAAAAGCUGCUCAGCAAGCAUGUGUCCUUCACUGGUGGCGUUAUUGGCUACAUCGAGGGCGAAGCCAUACAUGGCAGUGGCAUCGGCGAGCUGAUUUUACGAAACAACAGUAUUGACACCAUCAACGAGAAUGCCAUCUAUGUAAACACCAUCAAUGCCACCAUCAAAGACAAUCACAUCAAACAUCUCGGUCAGCACUGGUUGCGUAUCAAGGAAUGGUCGAAUAUUGUGAUUGUGAAAAAUAGUUUUGGUGACUUCGGCGGCAUUAUAGUGGAGGAAACGAAAGAACCCCUCGAUUGCCGCUUCGAAAGUAACUCCGUAACCAAACCGAAGCCGGGCAGUUUGAAUAUAGGAAAUCGUCAUUGCAUAUUGCGUGAGAUCAUUGUCGAUCUGCCGUGUCGCUGCAAUCUCGAGUGGCUGGACACGUAUUCUGAACGCGAUUUACGUUCAGAAAUCUAUUGCACGAUCGAUCGGAAAUUGGGUGUAUGCUUCAACGCGACCACCUUCAAUAUGCAGCGGUACGAGCAUGAAGUGUGUGACGAAAAGAAGACAACUUUAGAUUGUGGCGCCAAUCGUAAUCUGAAGAAGGUGAAUGGUGAAUUCUUUACAAUCGAAGAACUCGAGCAACAGGCCACACAAUUCGUGCAUAUCAUCUAUCUCGGCACUGCCAUUAUAUUGGCGGUAGUGCUACUCAUUAUACUAGUGCUGAUAUUGCGUUGCUUGUGUCAACAGCGUAAGAGCAGUCGUGGUGCUAGCGCGUCACAUCAGCAUCGACAUGAAUUCACGCAAGGCGAACGUGAUAUUAUCGUGCGCGCCCAAGAUAUAAUAGAGAAGCGACAUCCACAGAUACAGCCACAAAUCAAACGUUUGUGCGACGAACUUUUGCAAACAAAUCGCAGCGAGAAGCAAUGCAUUAAAACUAUCACGAAAAUCGAAAAUCUACUAAAUGAAGUUGAACGUUGUCAGGAUCUCAAUGCCUUCUGCAGAGUCUUGGUCCAACAUCUGCAGCCGCAAUCGCAACCGCUGCAACUGACAACGAACGCCAUCUGCAGGACGGAGAGCUUUACGCGUGUGCAACGUGAAAAUUACCCUGGACCACACUAUGCUGGCUGCAUUGACACUGCGCACAUAAUAGCUAGCCGAGAGGCGGUGUGUUUGGAGCGCGAGCGUGAACGUGAACGCGAACGUGAAAGAGAACGUGAACGCAUCAAUGGCGUAGACAAUGGACGCAACGCCGAACCGCUUAAUAUGCCCAAUGAACCGUUCUACGAGGAGUUGGGUCAACCAUUGCUGCCUGAUUAUGCAUCGCCAGCGGAUGGUCGUGUCUAUGCGACACCACAUGAUCUAGCGUUGGGCAUAAAUGCCGAGCUGGAGUAUGCGGAACCCAUCAAUAAUCGAGCCGACUAUGCACACCGCUUGCCACCGUAUGCAGUGCCGAUGCCCAACAGACUGCCCACACAACCGUCCAUGAGAGCGCCCACAGCAGCGCCGCGCACCCAUCUGCCGCCCAGUAAUAUUAAUAAUAAUAAUAAUAGCAACGACAACAAUAACAUCUCACACCCGCUAUACCAAGUUAGCAAACUACCUACAUACGGCGCUGAUAAUCGACCAGCUUUGCCACCAUCGAAUGUCAAACGCAAGGCGCACGAUCUCGAAAAUAGACUCAACUUACAACUGCCCAACGCGGCUGAUCAUCCGCCCAAUAAACAUUUAGUCGCACCGCCAGUUUACACCGCACCCGAUAUUGCGCACAAACGACCGAUGCCGACACCGGCCUCGACGUUCGCACGUCUGGCUACGCCCGAAGUGGAUGAGACGGAGAUGGACAUGCGUGGCGCUAGAGCUUUGCCACCCGAUACGGGCUCGGAUCAUUCGGGUGGCAGCAAUGAGACUGUACUGAUCGAUGAUGUUAUAGUGUAUGCGGAUGCUUGAGCGGUAUAUGUGUAAAUAACGUAAUGCGUUUCUCCUAAGACUAUGCGAUAAAAGUGAGAGCAAAAUAUAAGAAAUAUUUUCGUCCAAACUCACUUUAAGCUGCUGACCUAAUGCAAACUUUCAAGCGUGAUAUUAUAUCCUGACAGUGGGUGUACUAAUUAUGAUGUCCUAUAAGUGCUUUGGAAAAAAUAUCCAUUUAAACUUUGCGCGGGCAUUAAUACACGUGAUGUUAUUGGCAAGAUUAGUCUUAGAAGGUAGAGAACAGCAAGGGUGUUGACCACUUCUUCAUUUAACUAUAUAUUAUUUGUAUAUAUGCGCUAAGAAAAUUAUCACAAAAUAUUUGUAAAAUAGAAAUUUAAGCAGACGAAAUUUAAUUUAAGGAAGAUGAAAUAUUGCUUGUGCGCCUAAAAGUAUACAACGUUAAUAUUUCAAACUAUAAUGUUUCAAAGCAAAUAUUCAUUAAAUUUAUAUUUAAAAUUGCUAAAAAUAUAUAUUUUUAUAAAAUAUUCGUGAGCACUUCGUAUUUAUUUUUAUAAAAAAAACUGUUCAAACUCCAGAAAAGCUACAGACUUUUUUGCUCAUUUUUCUAUGCACUAACUUUGACACAUUUUUUUUCACAAAAUAACGCAGACUUUUCAAAAAAAGGUACUUAAUCACGUUAUAGAUAUUGUAGUUUUACUAAAAAUCUUUUUCUAAAAGAAAAGAAAAAAAGAUAUUGUUUUUAUAUGUGUCUAAAUAAUAUCAUAACAUCACACAAUAUAUAUAAUAAGAAAAUAGAGAUGGAAACGAAACAUCACUUAAAAUCUUUACAACACGAUUUCACAGAGCAAGUAGAGCACUUACUACUAUUCCGACACUUAAGUUAAUUGCCAUGUAGUGAAUAUAAAAUCUUCACAUAUUUUGACUGAAUUUCCAAAAUAUAGAUUUUCUGAACAAGUGGAACACUCACUGAGUAUAUUUAUUUACACUCAAUUAUUUAGAUCUUUCUGCACAAGUGAAACCCUCAUUGAUUUUACUUAUUUACACUCAAUAAUUUCUAAUUUUCUGAACAAGUGGAACACUACGUAUCAAUGCAUGUAUUACCUUUCUGAUAAAUAUAGCACUAUUUUUUAUAAAAAAAAGAACCUUUAUAUAAAAAAUAUAUAUAUAAUUUGAUAUAUAUAUUAGCAUACAAAAAAAGGACAUUCUAAAUGUUGGCAUUUUCAAACGCGCAUACACCUAUGGCUUGUGAUUAAUUAAUAAUAAUUUAUAUAACAUUUAAAAUAUUAAGUAAAGUAAGACGAAAGCAUCAUAAAUGUGUAUGUCUAUAUAAAUUAUAUAUAAGAAAUACCUAACAACCAAACUAUUUUUGCUUUAUAGACCAUAAGUAACAUAACAGUAAAGAUAUAUUUGUAUACUACGAUCAUACAACUGCAAAAUUUAGCAUUUAAAAUUGUAAAUCUAAAAAGAAAAUUUGUUAUAUAAAAUAAAACGACGAACAACGAGGCUUACGCCACUGUAUAUAUGUAUUUAGUUUGUAUUAAUAAUUGAAA